UUAAGGGGCGGCGAGCCAGGGUCCGAUUUCCUCCGAGGCUGGCGAUCGGCGGGGCUCCCACCUUCGCCUACAGCUCUCGACGCGGCCCCCUCGUCCCGCGCCCUCCGGAUUCCGGGACCCCACCAUGAUGUGGAAACGCUGGCUGGCGCUCGCGCUGGUGGCGGUCGCCUGGGUCCACGCGGAGGAAGAGCUGAGGAGCAAAUCCAAGAUUUGUGCCAAUGUGUUUUGUGGAGCUGGCCGAGAAUGUGCAGUCACCGAGAAGGGAGAGCCCACCUGCCUCUGUAUUGAGCAAUGCAAACCUCACAAGAGGCCCGUGUGUGGCAGUAAUGGCAAGACCUACCUCAACCAUUGUGAGCUGCAUCGAGAUGCCUGCCUCACUGGAUCCAAAAUCCAGGUUGAUUAUGAUGGACACUGCAAAGAGAAGAAAUCCGUGAGUCCAUCUGCCAGCCCAAUUGUUUGCUAUCAGGCCAACCGUGACGAACUUCGGCAUCGCAUCAUCCAGUGGCUAGAAGCAGAGAUCAUUCCAGAUGGCUGGUUCUCUAAAGGCAGCAACUACAGUGAGAUCCUGGACAAGUACUUUAAGAACUUUGAUAAUGGUGACUCUCGCCUGGACUCCAGCGAAUUUCUGAAAUUUGUGGAGCAGAACGAAACUGCCAUCAAUAUCACCACCUAUGCUGACCAAGAUAGCAACAAGCUGCUCAGAGGACUCUGUGUCGAUGCUCUCAUUGAACUGUCUGAUGAAAAUGCUGACUGGAAACUCAGCUUCCAAGAGUUCCUCAAGUGCCUUAACCCAUCUUUCAACCCUCCUGAGAAGAAGUGCGCCCUGGAGGAUGAAACAUACGCAGAUGGAGCUGAGACCGAGGUGGAUUGUAACCGCUGUGUCUGUGCGUGUGGAAACUGGGUCUGCACUGCCAUGACCUGUGACGGAAAAAAUCAGAAGGGAGCCCAGACUCAGGCAGAAGAGGGGAUGACCAGAUACGUACAGGAGCACCAAAAACACCAGGAAACAGCUGAAAAGACCAAGAGGAUGAGCACCAAAGAGACCUAAGAAAAGGCAUAUGGGCGCAGCAUCUGGAGCCCGGCGCCUUCUCUUGCACAGUGCCGAGUCCAGUCCUCACCAGUGUCUGCCACAAUCACAUCACCAGUAUUUGCUUCCAUAGCAAUGAAUUUCCUCGUUUUAUUUGUUUUGCCAUAAAGGAAAUGGGGUGGGGGGUGGUUGGUUUGGAAAGGAAGGGCCAGAGCCUUGUUUCUGGGAAUGAUUUAAGAGAAACUAAGCAAUGUCCCGGGGCUGGAGGUCAGUAAGGAAACACAUGGGGUGGGGAGAGGAGCAGACUCAGAUCUGAAGGCUGGCAGCUGUGAGCAGGCUGCAGGAAGAACAUCCCAGGUCCAAGAGGACUGGUGGGCUGUCCUAUAGAAUGGCAGGAAGCUUGGUGGCCAAACACAUGUUAGCACCUGCCAUCACUGCUGUUCCCAUGACAGACAUCUAGUGUCUCUGCUUCUCCCAUCCUCCCAACUCCAGCCUCUAGAUACCCAGCCCUCCUGCUAGUUACCAUAUCUCUCAGACUUGGAUGGAGUUUGGGGGGGGACCUGUGCCCCAAUGAUGCAAACAUGUACUCCCUCUGAGCCACUAAGAGACCUAACCAAAUAUUUCAAAUACUCUUUACCAAAGGUGCUAUUUCUCUGUAAAACACUUCUUUUUUUUUUUUUUCCAGUUUGGCAAGCUGACUUCAUACUUCAAGUAUCACUAUAUUGUUGUUUGCUAAUAUUUUAUUUUCUUGACUAGAUAUUAAGCUUUUGUAAUUAUUUUUUCAGUAGUCAUUAUCAUUUCAGAGGUAGAAGGCAUUUGGCGUUGUAACUGGUGCAAGGACCCGUAUAACCCAGAUGCCUCCACCCUGUCACAUACUAGAUUGAGUGUAUCCCAGAGUUGGCACAUUUGCCUGGCUUCCAGCAGGUCAAUUGUGUGCCAAGAGGGACGGGGCGGGGUGGGGGUGCCUCAGAGGGAGGCCAGGGGAAGAAGAAACAUCACAUAAGGCUUUCAAGAUUCAAAAGUUUGCUUAUUUGUUGUUAUUGUUGUUUUCAUUUAUUAUGAGAAUUUCAGGUCAGUCAACAUGCCAAAAGAUAGAAGAGGCUUAAGAGCUCCUGGCCUAUUAACAUGCUUAUGGAUCUACCACUAAGUAGCCCAGUGACUUUGACCCUGUCUUCUCCUAGUUCUGGGACUCAGUUUCCUCAGUAAGCUAGUAAGAAUGCAGUCAUCUUCCGAUGUGAUAAAUGAUAAAUAUUGUCGUUCUAGUCAUUGGUCCAGAGGGAGAUAGAUCCCUGUGAUUUUUUUUUCCUGCGCCUUCUCAGGAUGAAUGAAACCACGAAGAACCAGCCAGUCAAAGGCAAGGUGACCAAGUUUGACUUGGUGUGAAUGACCCUUGCAGGUUGUGUGGGGAGGUUAGGCUUUUCUGGGAAGAGUAGGAAGAACGCCCCCCAACGUGUCUUCAAACUGCAUCUCUCAGUAAAAGCUCUGUAGAGAUGAGGACAAAAGGACAUUUCGGAUAACAGGAGUGAGAAGUGGAAAUUGAAUCUAAACCUUCUUGGGGAGAAAUUGUUUUUUUGCAGUCAGCCCUGUGGCUUUUAACCUCUUAAUUUUAAAGCCCCUUCAUGACCAUGUUUCAUAGGCAUUUGGCAUCACACAAAUAGAAACAUUUUGAAGAUUUUUCUGCAGAACACUUGCAAACAUCAGAUGACAGAGCCUCAGAGGAAAAUUAUUUAGGUGAUACUUCACAAGCAACUGUGAGAAAAUGUUGGGGGGGGGGUAGAAUUCCUUCUAAAUAGUUUUUCUUGUUCCCAUUUGAAAAGAGAACAUUCCGCUUCAUUUAGAAUUUGGAGCUUUUAUGAAUAUCUCAUUUAAAAACUCUGAACACCACUUGUGCAGUGGGAAUGCUGAUCCCUGUCCAAGUGCCUUGGAGAACCCACAGAAGCAUGCCUUAAUCAAAAGAAGUUUUGCCAGUUCUUGGACCUGGUGGGAAAAGGCAGGAAUACUAGUCUGUUGAAGGCAAAAAGCCAUUGUCUCCUCACCAGUCCCAUUUAGAACAGUCACUACCCCCACCUUUCCACCUUAAAUUGCCAAGAGCAAAACUCCAUUUCCUCUAGUGUAGCUGCUUCCCUGUAAAUAGAGCAGCUGUCAUCUGCUCCGUAGGGUCAUGUAAUGUGAGGACCAUUCAUGGAAAGCUGCUAAUAAAUAGCCUUAGUUUGAGGAAUCUUGCAUAGAGCUUUGCAUGAUGCCAACAAACAGAAUUAAAUCAGGUUUACUUCCUUUUGCCCUCUAAGAACAUGUAAGGCUUAGACUGCAAGUUUCCUGGGCUUUCUCUAUAUACAUGUAAGGCUUAGACUGCAAGUUUCCUGGGCUUUCUCUAUAUGUGUGGGUUUAUAAACACUACACUAUCUGUGAAGAUCCAGCAUCCAUGGAAAACCUUUCCACAAGCCAUGACUCUAGAUUCCACCACUGUGUUUGGAAAACAGGGCUCCUCCACCGGCUAAUAAGCCCAUGUGAACCAAUCUGAAUGUCUUUUCCUUUAUACCUAUGAUUUAAAUAGGCAAACUUCAGGAAACAAUUUGAGCAGGUUUCUAUUGCCUGUGUGUUUGUGAACAUGUAUUUGUAUUUAGUAUGCUUCCACAUUGCAUUUAACUUGUUUUUGUAAUUCCUGAUUUUUUGUUACUAUUGAUAAAUAAAGAAAAUAAAAUCAUA